AUGUCCCGCAGCCCCGGGCGCGGCGGCGGCAGCGGCGGGAGCGGGGCCCGGGCGAGGCGGCACCAUGGAGCGGGCAGCGCGCGCACUCACACGCAUCGGCGCGGGCGGGCGGCGCGGGUGCGGGCGGGGCGGGCGGGGCAGGCGGGGCGGGGCGCGGGGCCGGCGCGGGGCGGGCGGGGCACGGGCGCGGGAGCGCCGGCCGGGGUCUCCGCCCGCGGCCCCUCCCCCAGGCCGCCCGCCCGCGGCGGAGAAAGGGCCGGGCGGGGCGGGGCGGAGCAGGCAGGGCGGAGCGGUCGGGGCCAGUCGGGACGGGGCGGGGAGGCCGGGGGCAGGGGUCGCGCCGGGCGAAUGGGUGGGGGCGGGGGUCUCGCCGCUGGCGCCCCUCCCCCGCCGGUGCCGGCCGCCGCGAAGUUUUGA